GGGCGCCUUGCGCGAUCAUUAAGCUCGGUGGAUCUUUAUUGCGUGCUGACGAGAUCAAAAUUUUCCUCGUCGAAUCUAUCCAAAGUGUCAUGUAAAAUUGAAGAAAAUUAUAUUUUUAUUCUUGUUAUGAUACGAACAAAAUUUAACGGCUGCUGGGUAUUCUACGAUCUUACAGUAUAGAAUUUUCUUCCUUCUCUUUGUUUAUUAAUCCCGCAAGAAGUUUGUAACAUACGAUAUGUGAUCGUAUAUAUUCAAUUGUGUAGAAAUUAUGUUAAGUAUUUAGAUGUUGUCAGUGUUUCUUGUAAAUAAUAAUUAAGUAUAAUAUUAAUGGCAGCUGUAAUAAGUAAUUAGCGCGCAUGACGGUGUCGAUGUACUACAAAAUAUUAUACGUCGAAGAAGAAUCUAAGUUGAUAAUUACAAUGUCUCUGGCUUAAAUUAAUAAUGCUUUUUUAAUUAAUAAUUAAGUAACUAUAACAUGCGCUUCUGUUUUUUAUUUUGAAUUUUAACAUUAUUGAUACAUAAAUGCGUACAUAGAUGUAAUUAUGUAUUUAUCUAUUGUAAUUAUCUAUUAGUAUUCAACACGCAUGGCCGCUAGUAGACCGAGACCACCAUUAAAUCUCAAACACUAUAUAUUUCUUAUAUUGCCCCGAAUAAUAUUUCGCACGCGUGGGUACCUUUAAUAUUAGCGAAUAGAUUCUAUCAUCUCCCUCACCUUUCUCGAUAAACGAGAGUAACGCUCUUUUACGAAAGAUUUUAGAGCUAUCUUGAUUUUUCUAGCAAAAAAAGCAUAAAUUAUGGCGUUUCAAAUUCUCUUCUUGUAAAGCUUUAUGAAAAAAAAAAGAUGAAAUAAUACUAAGAUAAAAUAUAAUUUCUUUAUGUAAGGUUUACCGUACUAAAUUUUAGAUAACGUAAAAAUAUUUGUAUAUUAGUCGAAGAAAUUAAAAAAAACAUGUAAUAGAAAUGCAUAUUGAAUAAAAUUAUAUUGCUAGAUAAGUAAUAUUGUAAAUUGAGUACAAUAAAUUAAGAUACAAUAAUGUUUAAAUACGAAACAUUAUCGUACAUAUCGUGCCAAGGCGACUUAAGAAGUUUUUUCGAAUAUGAUCCCUGCUUUAGGAUUCUAAAGCAAAUCUAAAUAGGAUUAUAACGUAAUUUUAAACGGUCAUAGAGAUAAUUUGUUAAUGUUAUUUUUUGAAAAAGCAGGGUAUGGUUUAAUAGCUCGUAAAUUUAUGCUUCUAUGAUCCAUAGCCAUAUCUCAUAGUAUUUAGUCGUAAAUGUAGUCACAUGAUGCUUACUCUGUAGCAACAAUACUGAAAAUGCGGCUUCCGAUGGUCGCGCAGAUUUAGAUGCACAAUGUGAAAAUCGGUUCGUGAAUUUAUGCAGCAGCCGAGAAACCGAGAAAAUGAGUUUGCGCUGGAUUUACGAGAAUCUAGAAGCGCCAACGUGUGACGAGGAAUGCAGCGAUAUCGACGACAGUUGCAGCAAUGACAGCUACGACACGGAAUUGUCUCUUCCGGAGGAGGAUGACGUGAUGGAAAAUGGAAAAGGUAUCGCUCGCGGUGGCCGGAAGACGAGGGAAACCAGAAAAGCUCCGACUUCGACCGUCACCUUCGACGGGAACGGAACGCCACUCAACAUUAAACCUAACUCGAAAUCACGCAAAUAUCCGCCUUAUAUAAUAUGGGAUCCUCGACAACCAGCAAAAAAUCCUAUCUAUAAUUGUCGGAUAAUCAAGCUGUACUGCCGCACCGGUUAUCAUCUAGCAAUUACGCCGUCAGGACGGAUCGAAGGAUUAACCGGAAACAAGGAGUCAUACGCUCUGCUUUAUGCGACACCGGUAUCUUUUGGCGUUAUCAGAAUACAAAGUAUCGAAACAAAACUGUACUUGGCAUUUAACAAGAAAGGGCGGUUGUACGGAGAGGUAAAUAUGACCAAGGACAAUACCGAAUGGGAACAAUGGAGCAUUGGUUCCUACGACGCGUUUCGAUCGCGUAAAUACGUGCACUACGGUUGGUGGAUAGGAAUAAAGAAAAAUGGACGACCAAAGCCGGGGCCGAAAACAUUUUGGGGACAAAAAACGAUACAAUUUUCGGCUAUCCAAGAGGAUUAAUUAAUUUAAAACUCUCAAGCUACAGACGGACAAUUUAUGGGGCAUGUCUCUUAUUUCAGAUAUUUCAAUCGUUGCGUUAAACUUUAUUUGGAAAAAAGGAGGAAUAAUCUAGGAAUAAUCUAGGAAUAAGUGCUUUAUAAGCAAGAAUAACGUCUCAUGAGGAAUACGGGAAUCAUUCGGACGAAUAAUCGAUAAUCAUCGAACGAUAUAACGUUUAUUAUAAUACUGUGUCACUCAACGACGGAAUAAUUUAAGAUUGUGCAUUCUGCUUGUGCCCUUAAAUUAAAACUCUAUCGCAAAUCGCAAUUUCUCAUUUGCAGCAAAUACAUAUUUAUUACUCUUAUUAUUAUAAUAUUAUUAUUAUUAUUAUUAAUUAUUAUUAUUAUUAUUAUUCAUGUCAUUACAAUCGUCAAAUUGAGAUGAUUACUAGCAAAAUGAUUGCAUUUGUGCAAUUCAUUUCGUAAGUAGCUGAAUUUAUCUAACUAUCUCGCUUAUAAUGUAUGGACGAUAAUAUACGAAUAUCAGCUUUUCGUAAUACGUCAAUUACAGCAUAUUGCAAUUGUAUAUAGGCUUAUACAUUAUCUCUUUCAUACAUCUACAUAUAAUGCGUAUAUAUUAAUACAUCAAAAUUUUACAACCAAGAUUUUUCUAUUAAAAAAGCAAAUAUCUCUCGAUGUAAAUAUAUACAUAUAAUGUGGCUUCAAACAUUUUAAUACUCAACUUAGCUAAUAUGAUGGGUGCAUUUCAAGCAAUUUUCGAAAAAAACAUAAAUGUAAAUGGUAAAUGUAUGAAAAAGAAAUAAAUUAUAGUAAUUGUGUAUAAAAAAAAUAUUAAUUAAAGUUAACGAUAUGUAUGAAAUAAAA